AUGCGUUUGUUUUCUUUUUCUACAGGUAUUGGAAUGGAUGAUACAUUUGUCCUUCUGGCCGCUUGGCGACGCACAGAACCGAAGAAGUCGGUUGAGGAAAGAAUGGCUGAGACGUAUUCAGAUGCAGCCGUCUCCAUAACUAUCACAUCUAUCACUAAUUUCAUAUCUUUCAUGAUUGGAAUAAUCACACCCUUUCCUUCUGUACAAAUAUUCUGCACCUAUACGGCUAUGGCGGUUCUGUUUACCUACAUCUGGCAUAUUACCUUUUUUGGAGGCUGUAUGGCUGUUAGCGGAUAUGCUGAAAGUCGGAACCUACACAGCGUUUUCUGCUUUCCAAUUACACCGAAGUCUCUUGCAAUUUCAGAAAAUAAGAGUGCCCUCUUUCGACUCCUGUGCACUGGUGGGUUAAACAAGGAAGAUCCAAACAACCCAAUAGACAACCAAGAACCUAUGUUGAUGAUAUUUUUUCGAGAUACAUUAGGUGAAAUUCUCAGCAUUCUGUGGGUAAAGAUAUUUGUGAUUGUAAUAUUCUUCAUUUACUUGGUCGUGGGAAUCUGGGGUUGCACGUUGGUUAAAGAAGGUCUUGAGAGACAUAAACUGUCUAGAUACGAUUCAUAUUCUGUGACAUUCUACAAAAUGGAUGAUAUGUAUUUCCGGCAGUACCCUUACAGGAUUCACGUUGUUGUAACUGAUGAAUUAAACUAUGCAGACGCUAAAGUACAAGAAGCAAUGGAUAACAUGCUCCAGAAGUUCGAAAGUGCUGAAUUCAUUGCUGGAUCAUCACUGACUGAGUCUUGGUUGAGAUCUUACAUCCAGUUUCAAAACGACGAGCGAUCUUUCUCUCUAUUGAGUGGUUUCAACAUGUCCAAGAAGGAAGAUUUCAUAGCAGCUCUUACUGAUGUUUUUUUUAGGAUGCCAUUGUUGGGACAUUUUAAAAAGGAUAUUUUGUUGAACGAGAAUAGAACAGCGAUUGUGUGUUCUAGAUUUAUGAUACAAACAAAAAAUAUCAAUGAUGCGAACCAGGAGAAAGAUAUGGUUCUCAAGUUGCGCGAGAUCGCUGAUAGUUUUCCUUUCAACGUUACAGUUUAUCAGCAAUACUUCGUCUUUUGGGAUCAAUUUAUUCUUGUUCGAGAAACAUCUAUACAAGCUAUCUCUGUUGCUGCUGCUGUCAUGAUGGUGAUAUCCCUCGUGUUCAUUCCAAAGCCCGCGUGUGCAAUGUGGGUAGCUUUUUCUAUAGUUUCUAUUGAAAUCGGAGUGAUUGGCUACAUGGCUCACUGGAACGUUAACUUAGAUGCGAUCUCCAUGAUAAAUUUAAUAAUGUGCAUCGGAUUUUCUGUUGAUUACUCGGCCCACAUAUCGUAUGCUUAUAUAUCAUCAGAUAAAAAGAAUGCGAAUGAUCGAAUGCGCUGUGCUCUUCAUUCCCUGGGAAUGCCAAUUCUGCAAGGCAGUUUGUCGACGAUUUUGGGAAUAGUGUCGCUCGCCUUCGCUCCUUCAUAUAUAUUUCUUACGUUUUUUAAAACAGUCUUCUUAGUUAUAUUAUUUGCAGCGCUUCAUGGUAUUUUUCUGCUUCCAGUGUUACUAUCAUUUACUGAUUAUUGCUGUUCAAAGAAGAAAGACGAGCUUCCAGAGCUUCCAGAUAUCUCACAAUCUACCUACCGUUCCCAAAAACCUGAUAAUUCGACAGUUCCAGCGACAAAUACAAUGACUAUGAUGAUUCCUCGUCCUUCUUACACUAAUAUUGCUAGUUUAGGACUAACAGACUUGAAAAUGAUGCAUCAGAGUGGAAAAGAUGCAGCAGAAGAAAGAGAAAGUACAAAAGGAUCUCGAAACACAUUGGAUUCUGAUAAUAAUGCUGAGAAAGACCUUGGUAUUGGAACCAGUGGCGAAGAAAGUAGCGAAGACAGUUGUAAGGGUGCUCCUAUAGAUUCUUAUUCCCAAACUCCUAGCAACACACAACUUAUGCAAUAUCCUUAUUUUCUGUCUUCUGUACAAGAGGAACACACAAAUCCGGCAUUUGAAGCAGAUGAAAUCCUGGAAAUUAGAGGAACACCUUCUCGAAACUCUUCCAGAAUGUCACUUUACCACUCAGACAGUUCUACAGGACUUUUUAGUCCCCAAACUAGUGAAGAAUGUUCAAGCUCCAAAAACAGUUCAGUUGUGCCUGUCCAAGGUCCAAGGGAAUGGUUAUCUUCCAUGUCCAGAUCUAGAAAAAGAGAUAAACUUCCUGAUAGUCCAUUGUCCUUGCGGAUUGACCAGUAA